CUUGCGAAUGAAGUACUACAAUGUUCCUAAGCUCCGUGAUUACUGCUCCCGUCUGAAUUCACCGCUUUGUUAAAGUAAUAAAGUAAUAAGCAUCAAACAAACACGUGUCAAGAAUGAUCGAUGAACCCUCUUAUCUUAGAAAAAAAAACCGUUGCGUGCACUUUAUUCCAGCGUUUUAUCAAGGAUCGAUCUAGUUGGAGGAGGGGACGGGCGGAUUUUGACCUUAUCGCACGCCCCGUGCAAAGUUCCCUCAUUUUCAGGGAGACCCCAGUUACAGCCGUGCGAUCAUUAUCUCUCUCCUGACUCGCUAUGGAGCUCCUAGAUGUCCUCCCUGAGAGAUUCGGCUUCGUGGUCCUCAUUUUUGUCUACAGCUUGGUUAUGCUCAUGUACCUGGCGAUCAAGGUCGGCGCGGCCAGGAAGAAAUACGACAUUAAGUACCCAACUAUGUACAGUGAGAAAGAACAGAUCUUCAACUGCAUCCAGAGGGCUCACCAAAACACUUUGGAAGUUUACCCCCAGUGGCUCAUCUUCCAGACCAUCGCUGGCCUCGUCUACCCGAUGACCGCCUCGGUGCUGGGUGUCAUCUGGGUCACCAGCCGCUUCUCCUACGCCUGGGGUUAUUACACCGGCAAUCCUGUGAAAAGGAUGAAUGGAGCCUAUGGCUAUGUCGGCUUCUUCGGAGUCGUCAUCCUUUCCAUUGCAGUUGCUUUGCAGUUGCUCAGAGUGUUUUAAUUGUUUACAUUGAAAAAAGCUGUCAGCGCCCUCCAGUGGACAUCAUUUAAUUAUCGCUUAGUUUUAUGCCAUGAUGGCAUAUAAAAUGUUUAAUUUUGCUGGUGUAACGAUCUGUCUUUCGAAUGUUUGCAUGAUUCUUGGAGUGCUUUGGUGGCAGAAUGAGAGCAGUACUCUGGGGGCGGGGGGACAGAUCCUGGCCAAGUGUCUUUCCUCUCUGCCUCUUAACUGCCCUCAUUCUGUAUCUUUCCUUUAGUCAAAGUCAGAAUGUGGACAGUUUAGUCCUGUUUGUGUUGCAUUCUGAGUCAGUAACGGUAUCUUCCAUCCCAAUCCUGACCUGCUCCCCUGUCUAGUACACAAUUAGCUUUGAUUGGUUGUGGGAUUCCUUACGCUAAAGUGUAUGGGGAGCAAAGCCCAAUCUCCAAAUAUAUGAUGUUCUUGGGGUGCCAGCCAGUUUAACCCUAGCUACCACAUACCAGGAUUUCUUGAUUUAGUUAGCUGGGUGCUGCUUGUUGGCCUUUUUAAAUCUGUGGUUUAUGCCCUUGGUGACUUGCCCUUUUUAUAUAUGUGCCUUAGACAUACAGUGGACCAGCCAAUGGGCUCCCAGUGUGGAGGUCAGGGCCUGCAAAUGUGCUGCUGGAGUUUCCCUGGGGCUCUUCCUUAGCUUGAGCCACUGCUUUGAUUUGCUUGGUUGAACUUAUGCACCAUAUGCUUAAACAAAUUCUAUCAUAAAAUUAUUUUAAUGUAAUGUAUAAUGGUUCAAAUAUUGGUCCAAUGCAAUAAAAGUACAAUGUAUUGCUAUGUUAAUUUUCCAUUUAUAUAAAUAGCAAAAAAAAA